GGUUGAACUCGUGUAGCGCUGGUGUCUGCCGACUGCAUUGGCGUACGACUUAGGCACAGUGAAGUUGGUCAGAGGGGAAGAUUUGUCGACAGUUUUUAUUUACCCUGUGUAUCCUCUGUGCAUCCCUGCAGAUGCUGGAAGUACAGAGCAGUAUGCAAAAUUCUGGAGGAACUCUGGAGAUUUCCAUUGAAAAGACUAACAGGUUAAGGCAAGAACUUGAACAGUUGGCCAUUACACCAGUUUGGGAGGGAAAUAAAAGACCUAUAUGGCAGCAUAGAAAAGAUCAAAUAAGAAAGGACCAAGAUGGUACCCUUGUUUCAGAUUCACAACAUUUGGAGCUACAGAACACCUCUCUCUCCAGCACAGAAGAUGAAAAUGAACUAGAAGAUGAUGAAGCUGAUGAUCGUGACUAUUCGGACGGUGUCCUAAGUGACUAUGACAUUUCUUCAACUCCAGAGGCCACUUGUUUGUCUGGAAUGGGUGUUGAACUAUUUUCUGAGAAAGAGGACUGGGAGAAAGAGCUUAAUGAAGCUUGUCCCUACGAUGAAGAUGACGUAGAAAUAAUCUAUAGAAAAAGUUGUUGUGAAGGACCACUUGUUUGGCAGGAUGAUGAAAUGUACAACCCAAGCCAUGAUCAUGCUCCUUCAUCAAGAACAAAUGUUGUAGAAAUUCCCAUUGUGCAGGGACAAUUUGAUGAUGCUGAUGAAUAAAGUUGGAAAGUCACAUCCUGAGGGAAGAAGCGAUGAAUAGCAGUUUCUAUUUCCAAGUUAUUUUCUUUAAUUUUUUGACCUAACUGUACUUUGUAAUGGAAAGUGUCUCCUGAGCUGCACCUUUCUUUUGCUUUUCAUUGACAUAGUUCAGUUCCAGGUUGCAGAACUUAAAGGAAAUUCAAAGCCUUCAUUAUUGUAGUAUGCUUUUUUUGUUUUUUUGGGGAAUUAUUUUGAUAAAUGUAAAGAAAAAUAUUUUAAGAUUGUAUACAGUCAUAAUGGAGCCUGGAGUAUUUAGCUAUUUUACUCAGAAGGAAUGUAAAAUUAGCAAAAGGAAUAAAUGAAUGGCAUGCACAUUUCUUUAGUUAUCAGAGUUGUUUUUAAUGGCAUUUUGUUAAAGUAUUUUGAAUCCCACCAUGCUUGAAAUGUUUCAUUCUGUGCAAGCAUACUAAUCUGUCAGUUAGUUGAGCAGAUGGCAAAUGUUGCUUAUAAUGGCGUUUUUUGGGUUUCCAAUGCAGAAGAAAUUGCAUAUUUCUGAACCAUGGUUAUAACUUCUGUGACAUCAGAAAAAUGUUCCUUUGUCAUAGUUUGUCAAGUUUUGUACAGAAACUGCAGGAACCAUGUAUCUAUUUUCUGUCCAUUGGAGCCAUGUAUCUUUUUUCUGUCAUGUAGGUUGGGGCAUGGUAGAAGUAAACGGAUACAGUUAUGUAUUCUUAUUUCGUUAAGUCAUUUAGUUGAGGAGUGGUAAGCCAUGGAGAAUUAUUCUUUUUGUUGACUAUUAUUAGUACACUUAAAUAUGUGUAGAAUACUAAUUUAGUUCAACCACUUAGGCUAAUUGGGAAGUUAUUGGAAUGCUAAUUGGAUUGCUGACUUCGCUUAAAUAUGUUAGUUCAAGUGUUAAUUUUGUUACUUCGCUAAUUUGAACGUUAAAUUGCUAAUUUUGUUUCAUUAGUUUUUUCAUCACUACAAGAUCGUUCAUCUUUGGCUUUGUAAUAAAGGAUUCCUACUUUGGAACUUGGUUAUUUCAAAGUGUGCCAUACAGUGUCGAUCUCCUGGCUUGGUGUCUCAGUGGUUUGUUUUAAUGUAACCGCUACAGGACUUUUCUAAUUUGGAGGAAAUUAGAGGAAAUUAUUUUUGAGGAAGGUAUUAUUAAACCAAUUUGAAUGAGUUGACUGAAACUUUUGUUUAUUCAGAAAUUGCAAUGUAAUAUACUAGAUUUAAUUAUUAUUUGAAGUCUUGACCAGUUUCUCCUUCAAUAAUUCAUGAUAGAAG